AUGCCCAGCUACCAGUACGAAACACUGAUCGUUGAACAGACCGGCAAGGUUCUGACCAUCACCCUGAACCGCCCGGAGAGUCUGAACGCGGUCAACGAGGUGAUGCACCACGAGAUCGAGGACGCCUUCUACCAGGUGGGGCGCGACCCGGACGUCAGCGCGGUGGUGCUCACCGGCGCGGGCCGCGGCUUCUGCUCCGGCGGCGACGUCCGGGCCAUGGACGAACGCGGCGGGGCCAUCGCCCUGCAGGACCGCCCCAUCGGCGCCAUAUCGCCCAGCGGACGCCGCAUCGUCCAGAACAUACUCUGGGUGGAGCAGCCGGUCAUCUGUGCCCUGAACGGCGUGGCGGCAGGCCUGGGCGCGACCCUAGCGUUGUUCUGCGACAUCAUAUACGCCUCCGACCAAGCCCGCAUCGGCGACACCCACGUCCGGGCCGGGCUGGUUGCGGGCGACGGCGGCGCGGUAAUCUGGCCGCUGCUGGCCGAGCGCAUCGGACUGGUCAACCGCGUGGUGCCCCACGACGACCUGAUGGACACCGUGAUGGAGUUGGCGCAGCGUCUGGCCAACGGCCCAGCCCUCGCUAUACGCGGCACCAAGCAUGCCAUCAACAAGAAGGUCUGGAACGACCUGAAUCAGGCCCUCGACCUCGGCCUGUCGCUGGAGGCCCGCAGCGCGCGGCAUCCCGACCACGCCGAGGCUGCCCGCGCCUUCGUCGAGAAGCGCGCUCCCCAAUACAAAGGCACCAUCUAG